AGUGACAGAAAUCCACCUAUUGAUGACUUAAUAAAAUCUGGAAUUUUGCCAAUUCUGGUAAAAUGCCUAGAAAGGGAUGAUAAGUAAGUAUACCUUGACAAAUGUUCAUUUGCACUGAAAAACUCUAUCUAGACCACUGUUCAUAUGGAACUGAGGAUCCAUAGCAUGUUACAACUUAACACAAUGGAUCAAAUGCCUUGACAGUAGAAUAUAAAUUCUCCAGGAGUAUUAUUUAUUCUGCUGCUGAAAUGUCAUUUUCUUCUUCAGUGCUUUCUUGAGUAUAUCUAGUUAAUGGAGUAUUCCUUACUACAUUUCUCACUGAUUCUGAAUAUUUCAGGCUUUCCUGUUAAGUAUUUUUAAGAAACCUGCCUCAGACUUAGUGUGGGCAUUUCAGAAGGCAGAGUGUAUGCAUGGUUGUAAACAAGGCUGUUCUCUAUGUGAGCAUACAGUUGUCAUCUGUUUCAUUGAGGUUAUUAGCUCAAUUUUGUGGCUCCUUUCAUUCCUAUUGCAAGGUGGGCUUUCUGGCUCUGUGCUGCUCCCUCGUGUGAUAGAACACCACAGUAAGCAUGCUUUGUGUUCUGACUCCUUGAUGGAAAACAGGAGCUUCAAGUAGAGGAGAUAGAGAAUGUUGAGCAUGUUGUCGCACUACUUCCAUGUCACAUAAGGAAAAGUGCUGUAUUCCACAAUCUUUGAGCCCCUUAUUGGGACAGAUGGGGAUUAACAUGUUUGAGGUAAAUGUUUUAGGCUAUCAUUGGUCUCAGUGAGCCAUAAAUGUAUUUAGAGGAUUUCCAUUUUCAAAGGCAUUUCUGCAGCCACAAGGGCUAGGAGCUUCAAAAAGCACAGACUGACAUUUUGGAUGGAAUUGGAGGGCUGCAAAAGAAAUAUAAAGUGUGACUAGCUUUGUUUCUAGUUUGUUUAGCAGCAAAGUUACUAAGAAAACAGCAGGCAGUAAUGUCCAAAUCAGGUAGCAUUUUGAAAGCAGACAAAUGCCUGUGUGCUCUAGAAUUAGAUGGUUCAGCACUGUGAAAAUUUAAGUCGAAUUUUAUUUAGGUUGUUUGUAUGAUUGAUCUUUAUAAACAUUUAAAAGGCCUUUUGAAACUGAACUCAGCACUUUCUCAGGCAGUCCUUUUAAUUGUGAUUGCUGUGUAAUAUUCCGUAAAGGUAAAUUUUGCUAAGAGUUUGUGUAGCAGAUAAUUAAAGCUGUUGUUUGUGUUGUAACUGGAAGCUUAUCCCAAGGGCACUCAGAUCACAGGGGGAGGAAAAAUUCAUUGUGUGCACAAGGACCAAUUCAGAACUAGAAUUAUAAAGCAUUUGAUCCUAGAAUGUAAGGUUUAUAGAUGGCUGCUUAUACGUGCUGUUUGUUAUUGCAAAUCUUUAUUUACACAUCUUGUACCUCCAUCUCUGUUUCUUUUCCAAUGCUAUGCCCAAUAACUCCUUAAAAUGCUUUGGAAACUAAUGCAUGAGAAAAGCUUAAGGGAAGCAGGUGAUAUGGCUAUAUGUAAAACAUUGAGGAAGAUGUCAAAAAGGAAAAGUAGUCACCAAAUCGUAAAUAUUCUGUGCUACUCCUGGGUCCUGGACACCUUGCUAUUACUGCAAUCACUUCCUUCAUUACAAUUUGAAGCUGCAUGGGCAUUGACUAACAUAGCAUCAGGCACUUCUGCACAAACUCAAGCUGUUGUACAGUCUAAUGCAGUACCCCUCUUUUUGAGACUACUCCAUUCUCCGCACCAGAACGUUUGUGAGCAGGCUGUGUGGGCCCUCGGAAAUAUCAUUGGUGAUGGUCCUCAGUGUAGAGAUUAUGUCAUAUCACUGGGAGUUGUCAAACCUCUUCUGUCCUUCAUCAAUCCCUCCAUUCCCAUCACCUUCCUUCGGAACGUCACAUGGGUCAUUGUAAAUCUCUGCAGGAAUAAGGACCCCCCACCGCCUAUGGAGACAGUUCAGGAGAUUUUGCCAGCAUUGUGUGUUCUCAUUUACCAUACAGAUAUAAACAUUCUCGUGGACACCGUUUGGGCUUUGUCCUACUUAACAGACGGUGGCAACGAGCAGAUACAGAUGGUGAUUGAUUCGGGAGUUGUACCUUUUCUAGUUCCCCUUCUGAGUCACCAGGAGGUCAAAGUUCAGACAGCAGCACUGAGAGCAGUAGGCAACAUAGUAACCGGUACCGAUGAACAGACACAAGUUGUUCUCAACUGUGAUGUUUUGUCUUACUUCCCAAACCUCCUGACGCAUCCAAAAGAGAAGAUAAACAAGGAAGCAGUUUGGUUCCUUUCCAAUAUCACAGCAGGAAACCAGCAACAAGUUCAGGCUGUAAUAGAUGCUGGGCUAAUCCCUAUGAUCAUACACCAGCUGGCUAAGGGUGACUUUGGAACACAGAAGGAAGCUGCUUGGGCAAUUAGCAAUUUGACAAUAAGUGGGAGAAAAGAUCAGGUUGAAUACCUUGUACAGCAAAACGUAAUCCCACCAUUCUGCAAUCUACUCUCAGUAAAGGAUUCUCAAGUGGUGCAGGUGGUGCUGGAUGGUCUGAAAAACAUCCUGAUAAUGGCUGGUGAUGAGGCUAGCACAAUAGCUGAAAUUAUAGAAGAGUGUGGAGGGUUAGAGAAAAUUGAAGCCUUGCAACAACAUGAGAAUGAAGACAUUUAUAAACUAGCGUUUGAAAUCAUAGAUCAAUAUUUCUCUGGUGAUGAUAUCGAUGAGGAUCCCAGUCUCAUUCCUGAAGCCACUCAAGGAGGUACUUACAAUUUUGACCCGACAGCCAACCUUCAAACAAAAGAAUUUAAUUUUUAAGUUCAAAAAAGUGCAGCUUCUCUGUCCCACACCAGUAUGAAGCACCACCAGAUGGCUACCAAGUGAAGAAACAAAAGGCUCCAAGACACACAUGCCUCUUCGUUUUGAUGCUUCUAAAGCAAGCCAUGUAUCGGUCACUUUGCAGUUGCCAAACGUCACUAUCACAUGGACUGUAAAUGCAUAUGCAUGAUCUCUUAAACUGUUUCAGAAUUCUUUUUAACAGUCCCAACUACCUUUUUUUGCCUUUUUCCUGGUGCCACAUGCUGACAACCGCAAUCUGCAGUUCUGUUAAGAAAAUUCCAUAGUGGUGGCACAUUGGCUUUCCACGGAAAAGUAGCUUCUUUGGAAAAUGGUGCGCUGUGGAUCAAGACACUUUGGUAUGACGCGUACAUUUUGGAAGACUCCAGGGGCCCAGUUGGCUCUGAGCCUCCAUCAUCGUCCUCCACAAACAUAUUUUCAUAUACUUUAUGUGGAAGAAUAGAUUAAAAAACGCAAGCCAAAUGAUUUCAUUGGUGAAACUGAAAUAAAAGUAACUGAGACAAAAAACAAACAACAACACAACACUUGGCAAUUGAUUAAACACUUAAGUUUAAAGCAAACAAAAAAACUACUUCAUCUAUCGGUAAUUGAUGUGUGUUCAUUAACUGCCUCAGAAACCAGGGUUGGAGAAUGAACUGUAGAUUUGGACUGGUAAAGCUUUUGCCAUUAUACCUAAUUUUUGAGAACAGCGAGCCCUAUUUGACCACUCACUUCAGCCUGUGUGUUCCUGCUGUUUUGAAGUAAUCAAAUGCUGUGCAUGGUAUUUUACCUGAGCUACAACCUGUUACGGACUUGAACUUCUGGUUAAGCUGAAAGCAAGAAUCCCAGACUGUAGAAAAAAAAAAAGAAAAAAUUCUGUCCAAAAAAAAAUGUAUUAGUUAAAAAGAGUCUUGCUUUCAACUUUCAGCAGUCAAUAUAUUUUGUUUUAAAUUGAUAAUUGGAUAUGGUUGAUUCAUAUUGGGUUUAAACUGUGGAGCUUUCAUGUUUACUGUAAUUUAGUCUUAAUCUAUUUUUUACUUAGUAACCAGUGCUUUUGAUGAUGUGGUUGGCAACAAACCAGCAACUACUUAGAAGCGUCAUAAAAGCUUCAUUCUUGGAGUAUUGGAAGAGUUACUCAGAAACCAGUCUCAAAUCUUAGUCACGUGAUGAAACGAGAUGCAAACUGGUUGACGUGUGAGGCUGUAUGGAAGCUGCCGCCAUUCAGCAACAACCUGAUGUGCAGCGCACAUUAAAUAACUCUGCGUAAGGUAUGUGAGUGAGGUCACUGCUUUAGGAAAAUCGCCCGACCCAGUCGUCUUCAAAGGGAUCCUGGUAUGGCUGGGGUGAAGAUGGAUAAUUCCGUAAGCUAUCACACAAACUGGUUUUGUUGCUGUUGUUUACUGGGUGUAAUUUCCCAAUGCAUUGAUGUGAAGGGAUAGAAAAAUCUAAACUAAUUUAGUUAUUGGAUGUGGGUUGUAUUUACUGUGAUGAAGAUAAGGACAGAUGCCAUCAGAGCUUUGUGGAUCAGCUGUUUUUCCACUGAUGAACAACGCAUAGCAGGUGUGCAUUCAUUAAAUAUAUAUCUGCCAAGGUGGAGCCACUUUAAAGAGCGAGUUGUCUUGUAUCCCAGCUGGAUACAAGCGUAUGUUUAAACUGCAAGAUUUUUACUUGCUAGAUAAUCUGUUUUAAUAUAGUGGUUUGGCCUCUGAUUAUUUAUAGGUUUUAUAAAUUUUAGAAUCAAUUUCUCUUUAAGGUGGCUCAGAUUUUUCAACUCUCGUGCACAUAAAAUUGAGUUGAAGUUCAUUGUGCCUUUUUUCUUUUCCCAGAAGUUGAGUUGAAGCUUCAUAUGGUAACUGCAUCCUAUUCACACACUAUAGUCUAAAACCUUGAAAAUGUGUGGUGUUCGCUAAGAAACUAAACAAUAAAAAGUCAAAGUUAGGUAAGGUCACAAAGGUUUGGUGGAAUUAGAGUUCCGGCAGGUGUCAUUGUGAACAAAUCUUUCCCCUUCUAACUCCAUUUAGUUUCCUCCUCUGCCGUAUAGACUGACGGUUACCCUGCUCAGCCUGCGCUCACUAUUAUCCUCCCAAUUACCUACAAAUUGAUAUUAAAAUAAUGGUUUUCCACGACUGUGAAGAUCUGAUCUUUUUCUUGCACUCGGUGCAUUACGUUAAAAGUGAACAUCGGCGAACUGAGUCCAGGCAAGCCAAGGCGUGUGCUCAGUUCUUUCUGUUGUGACCUUAUCAGCUUUUGAUUGGGAUUGCACCAUCGCAUAGUUAAUAAAGGAAACAAAGUAUAUUGCUGCACUUUUACGUUUUCAGAACAGUGUUUAAAAUUGCAUUGUUUUUAUUAUUUUUUUAAACUAUCAGUUAAAAUAGACUAAAACGUUCUUUCAAAGAGGCAUCUAAAUGUGUUCCUAAUUUUGUAUAUGGGCUUAGGUUUUGUAACCAAUAAAAAGCUGCUAUCAAAUACUAUAAAAAAAAAAAAUUCAAGAAGUUAUUUUGAAAGUUAUGGAACUGCUUAGUCUCUGCAGAUCAACCUGUAGGGGUUUUUGUCUUUGACUAGGUCUUAGUUAGCAGAACUCCACCUCAACGUCUGACGUAUGUUACAGGAAUGAAUAAAGUAAGCUAACGCAGUGGUCUCUGGAA